CCCAAACGCGCACGGUUAGCAGACAACUAUCAAACAACGGCAGCCUGACAGUGAUUUAAAUGAAAUAAAAUUAUCUCCAGCGUUAAACCAUGUGACCCAGCGAGAAGAGCACCUCGGUGAGGACUGUCAGAAACACAUGACAGCCAACUUUGGUGGCGGUGAGAGGCGCACCAUGGCAUCUCAGCCAAGUGUACACAAUGAAGACAGGAACCUUCUCCGCCUCCGAGCAUGGGAACAGAGGAACCAAGAAACCAGCCAAGCCAAAGAACUCAACCCUGAGAAUGUGCCACUCUUUGGGGAACCAUAUAAGACAAACAAAGGGGAUGAGCUUUCCAAUCGAAUCCAGAGGAUGCUGGGCCGUUACGAAGAUGUGAAUAAUCCCUGUCCCCUUACCGUCGAGCCUUCACCCAUUCCUACUCAUGUAACCUUCUCACAGUCAGAUCAGGGUCAGACAAACUCAGAUAAGUCAACCAAAACUCCAUUCCACAACCAGGUCCAUCACAUUUCGACCCAAAACCAGAAAUGCCCCUCCAGUAACAGUUACUCCUCUCAGCCCACGAGGACGUCUGCUGCUUCUCCUCCUAACCAACAUGGACAUUCAUCCACUUUCUCAAAAGCUUCCUUGAACCACUCUCAGGGCAGUCAGCCCGGACACUCAGCACAUCAACAAAAGAAGAGUGAGGCCUUCUCAGAUCUCAGGGAGUGUGUCAGCCUUCCCCAGGAAAUGUCUGCUCAGUCUCCUGAUGCAAAGCCGCUACCCUUCCUACAUUCCAGCAACCAUGAUAACAUGGACACUAAGGACACCUUUGAUAGACAACAGGUUCAAGAGUCCUUGGAUCACCCCUCUGUCUCUGCCAGCAAUAUGGACGUUUCCACAUUGAACAUAAAGCAGUCUCCUAAAGAUGCAUCUCUGCCUCAAGUCUCCAAGACUAAUUCACUACCCUCCCAGACCUUCCCUCCACUCCUGUCGUCUAAACAGCCCAGCAUAGUCAUGACCCAGAAGCCAACAGCCUAUGUGCGGCCCAUGGAUGGUCAGGAUCAGGUGGUCAGUGAGUCACCUGAGCUGAAGCCUUCACCAGAGCCAUAUGUACCAUUACCAGAGUUAAUCAGCAAAUCUAACCCGGGAAAAAUGAAGAAACUGCCACAGUUUUUGGAAGCAAGGACAAAUGAAGCUCAGUGUGUUGAGGACAUCUUAAGGGAAAUGACCCACUCAUGGCCACCUCUCCUGACAGCUAUACGAACACCCAGCACAGAUGAACCCUCCAAGUCUCCAUUCUCAGCCAAGGAAGCAGAGCAUGUGUCUUCAUGCCCAGGACAAAAAAGCUAUGAGUCCUCUCCUCCUCUUCCUCCUCCUCCUCCUCCUACAGAUCCUUCCCAGCUUAACCAGCAGAGCUCCUCAUCUUUAUUUGAAGCAGCAGCACAUUCCAGCGGGGUAGAGUCUGCCAGCUCCAGCGACUCAGAAAGUAGCUCAAGAUCAGAGUCGGACAGUGAAAGCACCACAGAGGAGCCACCUGAACCUCCAGUGAGCAGCUCAGUUAAAACUGAGCCUGAUGCUCCAGCAGUGAGCCAUGGUGACUGGCAGUUGGGGAACUGGAUCAGGUCCAACCAACAGAGCUCGAGCACUGAAAGUCAAGGCGGUACUCAUGUCUCCGGGAGUCCCACUCACAAACAGCUCAUGCCCACUCAGAGCUCCAAGAACUCCAGUGCAGAGGCGCUCGACCCCACCAGGGAGUCCAAGCCUCAGCUUUCUUCUCACCAAAAAGAGCUCAGCGACAACCUUCCCAAACCCCAGCAGUGCAGUGAAAACCAUCAGGACAACUGUUACCAGCAGAGUAGCCAAAAAUCCCUUUCCGCUGAUUUCAGGAAACUGUCAUGCAACACGCACUCCUCAAACCCAGCAAAGGAAGGUUGCCCAGAACACAGUGAAGCAGCUGUCACUGUUAAGUGUCAGGAAGUUGUGGCCACAAGAAACAAAGAUCAGUGUUUCACAGAUAGGCCCAAGGUAAAGACGAAAACAAGACAUUGCAGAAAAAACAAGGACAGCAGUGACUGUAAACAAGAAAGCAAAAGGACUUCUAAACACACGUCUCUUGACAAGCGGAAGACCAGAUCAGAGCCUGAAGUCACACUGGUCCCGUGUGGUCAUUGUCCAUCUUGUGGUGUGAGAUAUCCUAAUCCCUGCUCCUGCCCCACCCCGAGUCCUGCUCAGCCAGACCAGUUGUCUCCUGCCCCGCCACUAAGAAUCAACUGUAGCAAACCCAAAGCAGAGACCACCUGCCAGAAGGGCACCAGUAAGCCUCACAAAACGACCCACAAGCACUCAGAGAAGACUGGGCAAAAAGCCAAGGGUUCUCGGGACCCCCACAGGCCUCCUAAAUCCCUGCUGGUGAAGAUCAAUCUAAGUCUGCUUUCAAGAGUCCCCCAGAUGUCCGGCAACCGCCAGGAGACACCCAGCAAUGCAAAGAGAUCAGCACUGGUUAUAGAUCAGGAUGGAGGUGGCAGUGAUGCUCCUGCCACACUCAAACAUGGCAAAACCAGCAAAAAGAGCGUACCUCCCAAUGGUGAGGUAGACAAUAAAAUUCUCCCCAGGAAGAAACAGAAGCUGGAAAACAAGAAUACCUCAUCGGCUCAUGUUCCUGUCAAACUGGAAAGUUCCAACAAUCCAGCAGAGGACCGGGAGAGAAAGAAGGCCAAGAAAAAUCCUGUAUGUUUGCAGCAGCCUGCAACACUCAAAGACUCUGCUAAAGACUCAAAGUUACACAAACGCUGCACUGGGGAGACUAAGGAGUCCAGUAAAGAGGCUGUAAAGAGCAAAGAGUCCUGCAAGCACAAGAAGAAGAGUGCAAAAAACACAGAGCACCCACACUCUGAAAAGCAGAAGCCUCCAAAGAGCAGCCUCGCCGUCCUAUCAUCUUCACAGUCCAACAAGGAAGCUUCGAUCAACAGGCCCUUGCUCAAGUUUGAGGACAGACAGUAUCCAGUGAAGCAUUACAUAAAGGAGGCCAAAAGACUGAAGCACAAAGCAGAUGCAGAGUCAGAUAAGCUCAGUAAAGCUUUCAAUUACCUGGAUGCGGCCAUGUACUUUGUUGAGAGUGGCAUCGCCAUGGAGAAAGAUCCACAGAUUUCAAUGUCUUCCUACACUAUGUUUGCCGAAACGGUGGAGCUCCUCAAGUUUGUGCUGAAGCUUAAAAACUCAGCGGACUACUCUGCUCAACCCUCAGAAAAGGACUUUUUAGCUUUAUGUUUGAAGUGCCAGUCUCUCCUGCAGAUGGCCAUGUUUCGCCACAAACACAAAACUGCACUCAAGUAUUCAAAGACCCUCACUGAUCAUUUCACUAGCUCUGCUCAGGCAACACAUGAUCCUUCUGUCUGUACAUCGAAAGUCGCAGACACCCCGUCCCCCAUGCCAGACAUGCCAUCUCCAGCCAACACAUCCACCAGCUCAGGUGCUGGCUCCAACCACAGCGGUAGCGGGUUGGCUGUGGGCCCCGUCGCCAGCACUGUGGCGGUUCCCGAGGCCAUUGAACAAGUGGCAUUCACCUAUGUCAACAUCACUACGUUAUUCUUGAGCGCUCAUGACAUCUGGGAGCAAGCGGAGGAGCUGGCGCAUAAAGGCAGCGGUAUGCUGGCAGAGCUGGACACAGUUAUGGGCCCACUGAGCCUCACUUCAACUAUGAGUUCCAUGGUUCACUAUACAAGACAGGGUGUCUACUGGCUGAGGCUGGGCAGCCAAAAGGUGAAGUGACCAACAACCUGCUCCUGUUACUGGAUGCCUGCAAACCCUUCGUGCUGCUUCUCCCUGCCUUGACUUCACUUCAGUGAGUUUAACCGUGAUACUGACCUGAACUGUCCCUCAGGCUUGUGUCUUUUUUUUUUCUUCUUUUUUCUUUUUUUUUACAUGGACAUUUCUUCGAAAAGGUAGACACGGAUGUCAUCUCAUGUUUGUUUUUAAGGAUAGAUUUGGAAUUUCCAAGCAAGGAUACCACACCGAUCAGUUGCACUUGUUAUUUAUUCUUUUCUCUCAUGUUCACUUUGGUGUCUCCCUCUUUCUCUGUAGCACUUUAAAAAACAAAAAUAAAAAAAAAACAUGGGCUACGUCGGGUGUAACACAUUUCUACUACACAUUUCAUGUCUUGGACUGUUUAACAUUCUUCAUUGUUUCUCUGUCACCUGAUGUCACGGAUUAUUUGCAAAAUCAGGGCUUUAUUCAAUAGUGACCUUAACUAAAUUUUGGAUGGAGGUAAAUCAGAUACAACCUGAAGUGCCAUUUGGUGGUGGUGGCUGAUGCAAGCACUGACACAGAUCUUAUUUAUUGUUCUUAUUAUCACAACUUUGUUACCAUACAGACUUCUGAUAAGUCAGUAAUCACGGGACCUGAAAAGCUAAAGCCACUUAAAUCAUUUUUCAAAAGAAUCAUGUUAAGACCUGCCACGUCAAAGUGUUGGUGACUAAUUUUAUGUCAUUUCUCUUAAAAAGAAGUUUAAGUUUCCCCGUUUCAGUCUGAAAGAUUGGUUUGAUUUGGAUUCAGGGAUUCUGUAUUUUUUUAAGUCAGUAUUUCUUUCUCGCACAAAUCACUGUCAGGAUAAACCACGAGAAUACUGAUGUGCGUGUCACAUUUCUGCUGGUGCCAUGGCCUAAUCUUGACCUUGUAGCAAGACGAGAUAAGUCAAAUAUGAGCAAAUUAUUGCAGCCAAAAAAAAACUGAUGAAGUGUUUUGCAAAAGCACCAGAGUGUAAUAUUAAAUCAGCAUCCACUUCAUUUUAGCUCAUUUUUUGUUGGUAUCUGUGAUUUUUUGAUUUUCCGUAUACAUGUUGAUGGAUUUAGUGAUUCACAUUGGCCGCGUUUGUCAGUUUGAGUUACCUUUGAGUAUAGUGGGACAACCACAAUCAAUUUAACUGAUAAGAAACUACAGUAGUGUUUCCUUUAUUUGUUUUUGCACCACUAAGCUGCUUUACUACGUGUUUCCCACACUUUAGUUGAGUUGCAGAUGUUUGCUAAAUCUCUGGGAGUAGAGUAAAUGGCCAACUGUAGCUUACUUUAA